AUGUCCAAAGUGAUAACCAGAGCCCAGUUUGUGAGCUCGAUUGAGACAUUCAAACAGGCGUAUGAGAGUCCAUACUUUGGUCGAAAUAGCGCCAAAAUCCCCUUUUCGCAGGAGGUCAACCACCAGAUUUUCGAGAAGCUUGAUCUGAAAAACCAGUACGAAAACCCAUCCGAAAAAUUGCACAUAGUUGACUACAACACCGGUUUCAACAGCUUCGUUUACGAUCUACAUCAUUAUCUCCGUCCACGCUUUCAUCUCCUUAUCCCUAACAGUGCAACAACGCACAAGUUUUGGAAAAGACUCCAGGACAUGGAUCCCUUGUGCCGUAACUUUUAUCUUUUUGAAGAGGAUCCACGGUCUCUUAGACACUAUAAUUCCGAAGAACUCAUCAAUAGUGGAAAAGUUGUGCUUGACAGGAACCCGGCAGAGAAAGUGAACCAAACUCUGCUCAUCACCGGCUCCUACAUCACCACCACUGACAAGUCAAAAGUGAGAAGCAUGCUCUACUUCAACCAAAUGUGUCUCGCUUGGUACAAAUACCAAAAAGUGAAGUCACUUUUCUGGCUGCGUCCAGCAGAUGCCCUGAAAUACCUUGGAAUCAUGGGUUCGAGGUUCAGACAAACCAAUUCUGUGGUUGCAACCGCCUUCAACGACGUGAACGUUAUUGCAUACAGCAACUUCGAAAAGCAGAAAAGCGUCACUAGGUGCAUGCCCGAAUUCCCUGACGCUAUCAAGCUGCCUAAGGUGCCCCAACAUGAAGACCUGAUGUUGGUUGAGUUCCAAUCGAACCACGAAAAAUACUCAAUUGAGCACAUGUCCGAGUUCACGCUGGUUCUACACAAGCUCUUCAUGUUGCCGAGCUACAAGGUGAUCCAAAACCUGCAUUUCCUCGGGCCGGGAGCAGACGAGUACUUCAAACAGGUACUUCCUGCGUCGGUUCUCGAUUGCAGAAUCUGUGACCUCCCGAUAGAGGAACUUGUUAAUAUUUCCAAUUUAUACUUCCGCUGGCCCUUCAAGCCAAUCACCGACCUUGAACUUUACAUGGAGGCCGACAAGGAUCAUAAUUAA